ACAGGACUAUGGUGGAAGCCGAAGUAUAUUACGUCGACAAAGGUGUUGUGGAUUUAAGUGAUCUACAAGCAGUUAAUGGUACAUUAAUUAAUGCUGGCGGCGUUAAGAAAACGGAGACAUACCAACGCGCAGACAGUCUAAUCGUGUUCUGGAUCCUGAUCGUCUUGGCUAUCAUCAUUGUCAUCGCAAUCAUCGUUCUCAUUCUGUGCUGCUUGUGCGCAGGGUGUCCACUGUAUGUAAGUCCCAGGUGCCUUUGUACAAUGGUACGCCGAUUGUGCAUUGUCUGCUAUUGCGUGCGCACGCCGCCAGGAAGCGCGCGCGCGUCUCGUCGGAAGACAACCUGCACCUCGUGAUCGAGGAGCGCGGCCCCGGCAUGGAGACGAAGGCUGUGCAAG